UUCCUGGGUACAUAUCACCUCACAGUUUUGUGUAUCUCUUGGACCGUCUUUUUUUCAUGGCAUCUUUCUCUUCGGGAAUCAUUUUCACUACAAAAUCUUCUUUUGUUGAAUGGUUUACCCAUCAUCACUUUGCUCCAAACACAGCUCUUUCCAAUCCCCCUGACGAAAGCUUUUUUGUUGUAAUGGUCCGAGAAAUUCUUUACAAUCAAGAGGAAACUGUAGCAUGGAUUAAAAAAUCAGACAUGAAUCCUAGAUUUUACCAUCCAGUUUUGGUGUUGAAGCUGGUUAUGAUACUGUGUUUAAUUUGCUUAAAAGUAUCAGAUUGUUCUGAAGUACUACGUGAUUUGCUGUUUGGGAUGAACAAUAUUGCUUAUUUGCUUCCAAAGGAGUUUCUGGGUGGUCUUUUAAAGAGAAGGAAGAGCCGUUAUCUCAAUUUAAAUGCUGACGUAGUUGCAGAAGCAUUUCUAACAAUAGAGGAUCCUCUGUUGAUUGUGAGUACGGAAAAUGCAAGUCCUAGAAUCCAUGCUCCUUGUGCAAUGUUUGUGGACCUUCGGAGAUCGAGGGAUGAGAUAAUGAAUGUACUGUUCCCCAAGAAAAAUACACAUAGCGACUCGACCUCUGAGGCACCAUCUUCAAACCCGUUACCAGAUUCUAACUUCAAUGUGGAUCCUGCGGAUGGAUGCAAAGGAGAACUGGUAAUGAAAUGGAAUAUACUUGAUGACAUAUCUGAAGUUAUAAAUGGGCAGAAGGGAGAGAUACAGAGCUCGUUUUCUGAUUAUGCUAUGAUCAAGAAAGAGUUGGAUAAAAUUGUACAUGCUAUGGCUACUGCUCUUACGAAUGCGAAAACGUGUGCUGGAGAAUAUGCAACACUUUUACGUGAAGUGCGCUGUGCAUUUGAUGAACUGGAACUGCUUUCUUGUUGGUUAGAUACAAGACUUGUAAUUUUCAGUGGACUUGAAGUGAAUUUAGUUUUCUCAAGUGAUGAAACAAAGAGUUUGCAAGAAGUUGUGGAGGGUCUGCAGAGUAGAAGGCCAAUGAUGGAUGAUUUCUUGAACCAGUUUGGAAUGAGGGAGGAACCGCAGAAGCUGGUGUCAGAGAGCAGAAACACAAGUCGAUGGCAGUGGUUGCGAUCAUUCAUCGGUUCUGGAAGUGGUGCCGGAAAAACACAAGGAUGGUAGCACCCAAGAAGCGGUAGCGAAGAAAGGGAAAGGAAAUAAAGAGGAGGAGAAGAGAGAACAACAAAGGUAGGAAGAAAUGUUAGAUUGGAUUGAUGGUUGAUUCCUUUUGAUCUGAAAAGAACAGGAUUCCCAA